AUGUCAACAAUUGUGUGUGCAAUUUCCGGUACUGCACCAGAGCAGCCAGUUUACUCUCCAAAGACCAGGCAGGUCUAUGAGCGGCGGCUCAUCGAGAAGCAGGUGCAGGAGAACGGACGAUGCCCGGUGACCAAAGAGGAGCUGACGCAGGAAGACCUUUGUGAGAUGAAAGUCAACAAGGUGGUCAAGCCACGGCCAGCUGCCGCAACUUCCAUCCCGGGCAUGCUGACUCUUUUGCAGAGCGAAUGGGAUGCCCUCAUGUCAGAGACAUACGAGCUGAAGACGAAUCUUGACACCACGCGCAAGCAACUUUCCCACGCACUGUAUCAGCAUGACGCCGCCUGCCGUGUUAUCGCUCGACUUCUACGCGAGCGCGAUGCAGCGCGGGCGCAGGUAGUGCAGCUGCAAGAUCAGCUCAGCAACUCCACGCCUGCAAACGCACCUGUGGGGUCUGCCGAGGGCGAGACUGGCCUUACUCCACAGAUCCUGAACAAGAUGGAGGAGCUUGCCAAGAGCCUUGCAAAGAGUCGCAAGCAGCGCACUUUUCCUGACCUCAAUCCCCUGGAAGAGGUCAAGAGGAUGGAAUGCAAGGGCUCAUUCUCCACCAUCCAUCAGUCCACUGCACCGGGGGUGGUUUGCGUGGACGUUCACAAGGCACAUCCUCACCGGAUUGCGACUGGUGGUGUGGACAGCCAGGUGAUUCUUUUCGAUGCGCAGAAGAGCAAGCCUGUGCAGAAGAUGGCUGGCCACUCCAAGAGGGUCACAGCGGUGAAGCUGCACCCCGACAAGGACGUAGUGGCUUCUGCGUCGCAGGAUGCGACGGCCAAGGUCUGGACGUGCAGCAGCACUACAGACUGGUCAAGCCAGUACAACUGCCUGCACACGAUCCGCAAGCAUAGCGCGGAAGUCACAGAUCUGUCAAUUCAUCCGCUCGGUGAUUACUUGCUGACGGCAUCCUUGGACAAGUCCUGGGCCAUUCACGACUUUGCGACUGGCCGCUGCAUACGUCACAUGCAGGACUUGGACUCUGCAUACCCCUGCAUGAGCUUUCAUCCAGAUGGGCUCAUCAUUGCCGGCGGCACACAGGACAAGACGGUUGUUGUGUGGGAUGUGAAGGAGCAGGCGACAGUCGCCACCCUUACUGGCCACGAGGGCGCAGUCCAGACUCUCUCCUUCUCUGGCAAUGGCUAUUACCUGGCAUCUGCUUCGACCGAUGGUGUUGUCAAGCUGUGGGACCUGAGAAAGCCGCUGAAUAUCCAGACUAUCAAGGCCGAUGGCCCUGUUCAUUCUGUUGCAUUUGAUGCAACUGGGCAAUACUUGGCUGUGGGCAGCAAGAGCGUACAGGUCUUCAACUUUGCAACGAAGACAACGUUGACAGAGGCUGUUGCUUUCAAGGACCCGGGGCAGCAUGACCGCGUAGUUCCCGGACUCUGA